AUGUCUCCUUCGGCUCUCGCCUCCGGGCGACCCUCGUAUAUUUCCGCGAAACGGCGCGCCGCCAAAAGUAGGAGGAAGCAAGGGGCAGAUGGCGAGGGCGACGAAGGCCAGGGCCAGGGCGAGGAGCGGCUCCUCGCGUCGCUGCGCAGGACCCUGGCGUCGGGUCUUGGCUGGAACCGGUUUCCCGCGUUUUGCGCCGCGCUUGCGGGCGGGAGCACGCUACUCGAGGUACCGGUUAGGAGACUACUUCAGAAGCUCUUCGGGUCGGCCCUCGUCGGCCUCGCCCUUACCAACCUAUACCGAGACCAUCCCCGUGCGAUCCGAGUUCCCCCGGGCGUCGAAGCCAAGACCAUCCACCACGCCGGCCGCACGUUAGACCUCACCCUCUUCGCCGUCACCCGGGCCCUCGACCUAGUCGUGCGGGAGCUGUGGUCCUCCUUCUCCUCCUCCUCCUCUUCCUCCUCAACACCCUCCAAGCGCUCCAAACUAGACACCUUUGUCCGCAACAUCGCCGACCCCACCGUCUUCUCCCUCUCGAAAUGGAUCUCCUCCGCCGCCGCUGUCGACGACCGCCUCAUCGAGGCCCUCCGCCUGUGCAAGCAGGGCCGCCUCCGCUACGGCCAAGACACGGGCUGCGCCGACCUCCUCGGCUCCAUGUGCGCCGACUUUCACCUCCCCAUCGCGUGGGGCGACCCCGCCAAGACCGUCCCGUUCCCCUGCGAGCUCGUCCACAUGGGCUGCGGGCCCUCGUGCGAGCGCCACGCCCUCAGCCGCUUCUUCCGCUCCUUUGCCUGGUCCGCCGCCACCUACCUACCCCUCAACCUCGCCCUCCAGCUCCGCCGCCCUUCUGCCCGCGGCCUCAAGCGCGCCUUGCUCGACGCCCUCCGCUCCUCCGCCUUCCUCGGCUCCUUCAUCGCCCUCUUCUACUACGGCGUCUGUCUCGCCCGUACCCGCGUCGGCCCCGCCCUCCUCGGCACCCACCUCGCCGCCCGCGACGCCAUGGACGGCGGCCGCUGCGUCGCCGCCGGCUGUUUCCUCUGCGGCUGGAGCAUCCUCCUCGAGGUCCCCGCCGCAGGCCCGAGCUCGCCCUCUUCGAAAUACGCCCGCGAGGACCAGUGGAAGGAGACCCUUGCCUUUGCGACCAGCGCGGCCCUGCUCUUCACCGCGGCCGCGGAGGACAAGACUAAAGUGAGAGGUGUUCUCGGAAAGUUGCUCGCCAAGGUUAUGCAAAAGUAA